AUGCUUGAUGUGAAAGUGUUGACUCCAGUGUUUCGGCGUCCGCCACAAGACGAGCCCGAGGAUGGCGAACCGCAAACAAUCCACCCAAACAAGGAACAACUGAGCAGACGAUACGCUAUUGUUCCUGAACAGCCUCACCAACACCAGGAAAGCUCCCAAGAAGGCUGUUGCUCUUCGGACAACGUGAUUAUUGUGCCGCACGUUCAGAUCUCUACCAAUGAAUCGCAUCUCUUCAAUAGAGCAAUUAGUUCCGGCGGUGGCCUCCUUGCGGAUUUGCAACGGGCAACCAUUUCCGCUCAGGCUUUCUAUGCCGAGAAUAAUGAGCCACCAAAGACAAGAUCACCGUGGAUUUUGAAGCGAUUGUACGAAUGGUCGAAUCGAGCGAAACGGCGCGAGAUCAUAAAACACGUGCAAGCCGCCUUAGAGACGUCGGUCGACCAUGAAUUGGAAGAUGACGAGCUCGAAAAAUUACUGCCAGUAUCAUGGGAAGAGAUGUUCGAGGGGCCCUUGAUGGAACUGUCUUCCCAGAAGCAGAAGUAUCUGCAAGCCGUAUGGGAGCUGUUCCAUUCAGAAUUGAAGUUUCUCAUAUCAAAACCGUUUUUGGACUUUUUGGUAAUAGUUGGCUGCCCCUGA